AUGUUUGUUGUUUCAGCGCCGGGAAAGGUUAUAUUGUACGGUGAACACGCAGUUGUGUAUGGUGUUCCAGCCAUUGCCGCUUCAGUCUCUCUCCAUAUGUACAUGUUCGUUGUGGACUCGAGCGAUCCCGACGUGAUUGAACUGGAUUUUCCGGAGGUUGGUCUCGUGCGCAAGUGGAGGCGCUCCGAGCUCCCAUGGUCAAGUGUUUCUGAAGCUGGCAAGCUGCAUCAAAAACUCGAUCCCGAGGUGCAUUUAGCGCUAAAAACCCUGCUGGCUCCUGUCACAGAUCCGUUCGAGAACGCGGCCUCACAUGCUUUCUUGUAUCUUUAUUUGCAUCUCUGUUCCGAAUCGUCUGCUGGUCAGCGGUUUGUCACUAGAUCAACGCUUCCUGUGGGCGCUGGUCUUGGUAGUUCUGCAUCAUACUCUGUUGGCUUGGCUGCUGCUCUGCUCAAGCUGAGUGGAAAGAUCCAAGAUCCCUCGACGUCUUUGAGCGCCGAAAAUCUUGAGCUGAUCAAUGGCUGGUCCUUCCUCGGUGAGAGCUGUAUUCACGGAAACCCAUCUGGAAUUGACAACAUUGUGGCUACUCGUGGUGGUGCAGUAUUGUACGAGCGGGGCGCUGCACAUGGGUCCUCCAAGAUAGAGCCUUACGACUCGUUCCCACCUCUGGGGCUGAUAUUGACCAAUACUAAGGUUCCUCGUCAGACCUCACAGCUAGUUUCCGAUGUUGGCACAUUGAAAUCGCAGCUUCCCGAAAUUGUCGAGCCAAUUCUGAACGCCAUUGCCGCAGUGGUUUCUCGUGCGGAUGGGCUUAUCAGGAGUAAUUGCUCUGCCGAGGAGUUGAACGAAUCACUUCGGGAGCUGGCCCAAAUCAAUCACGGCUUGCUUGUGUCUUUGGGCGUCAGUCACCCGUCUCUUGAACGCGUGAGACAGAUUGCUCACGAGCUGGAAAUUGGCCAAACUAAGCUUACAGGAGCCGGCGGCGGCGGAUGUGCUAUCACAAUUGUCGACGGAGAGGUUUCUGGGAAGAGAUUCAACAUGCUCAAAAUGGCACUUGGAGAUGAGUUUGAUCUGUUCGAAACCGAGCUUGGCGGACGUGGAGUGGGAAUGGCAAAUCUUUCGAGCUCUUUCGAAACAGACCAAAUCAGCCAGCUCAAAGAUGCAAGAGAUUUCCAUGAGCUCGGUAACUGGGUCUACUGGUAA